AUGGGGAGCCACGAGCUCCAGUCGUGCACAGCGGGCACGGUCAGCUCUCCGUCUCUCUGCGUCAUGAAGUCUACCGAGAACGCGAUCUUUCACGGGCGCGAGCCUCCCUCGGACCCGGACAGCGGCAGCGAGAGCUCUUCGGAGAAGUGGACGGAGACGGAGGGUGUGAGUGAGCGAGCGCGUGCGCUCUCCGUUACCGGGGCCAGCAGCAGCAGCAGGCUCAGGCUCGUGGGUGUGAGCAAACAGCGGCAGGCGGCGAACGCGCGCGAGCGGGACCGCACUCACAGCGUCAACACGGCGUUCAGCGCCCUGCGCACGCUCAUCCCGACCGAGCCCGCCGACCGGAAGCUAUCCAAGAUCGAGACACUGCGUCUGGCCUCCAGCUACAUCGCGCACCUCGCCAACGUCCUGCUGCUCGCCGAGAGUGGAGGAGACGGACCGCCGUGCGCGCGACACCGAGAGGCCCUCGUGCACGGCAGCGGGAGCGCGCUCAGACCCAUUUGCACCUUUUGCCUCGGAAAUCAGAGGAGAAUGGUGAGUGAAGAGGAGGGGAGCUGCUGUCAAGUAAUCAUUCCCGGGCAGAAAAACGAUUCGAGCCAGCGAGAAUCCAGGUGUGUGAGAAUCCUCGUCCUGCUCGAGCAGCUUCAUGUUUACACAAAGACUUUAAAUUCACCUCAAAGGGACAGAAGUCUUGCUGUAUAUUUUCUUUCAAAACCUCCAAAAAUGAGGACAGAGGAAGAAAAGACCCAUGAUGAGAUGCACUUUUCCCCCUGCGUUUACAAACGUGUGUGUGUCCUUGUGUUUCUUAGUGAAUGUAACCGGAGCCUUGUGUAAGAGCAGCACCUGGCAAGGGGUUAUUUCAGAAGCCUGGACGAGCUUCUUAAACACCACAGUGUGUGUGUGUGUAUGUAUAUCCCUCAUGUGCCACAUGACAGUAACCCAAGCCCUUGUGUGCUGCAGCGGUUGCUGUCAGUAGGCGACAAUGAUUCGGGUUGCCAUAUUGGAUGAUUUUACACCAAUCUGUGAAAAGAGUGGUCGUUAUACAGAAUGCAGCCUGAAGGCAAAAGGCUAAAGCUGUAAUGAAAAAGUAACAGUACACAGAAAAAAAAAAAGAUAAAUUGAAACUUGGAUAAAAUCGUGAAGUUCAGUAAAUCAGAAUGUCACGAUUCCUUCAUACAGACAUUAUACUUUUGUAUAAAUAAUGUAAAGACGGUGCAGUGCAUUGUGGGUAAAACCCACUUAAUGAUGAAAAGCAUGUUCUCAGGAGUCACACAGUGACAUUUUGACCUUCGUUUGCUCUGAAGGUUUUAAAGCUACAUGAUAAACAUUACAUCAGGUUAUUGAAAUCAAGACACGCCUCAACCUCGUAAAUCAUCAGGAUGUUUACUUUCACACUUUGCACGCCCCAAACCCGUGAUCACCGCAGUCCUUUCCCCCUGAUAAGUACAAACACAGAUCACUACUGUCGUUCACACAGUGUGUACAAAAGUGUGUGUGUGUGUGUCUUGGCCUACCUCUAAUGAGCUCAGCAGGGAGUGUUUAAUCCUCAACCUACUUGAACUUUGAACCUUUGCACAUGAGCAUGUGAAAAGCUGCUAUUGAACAAUAAUGUAUUUUUUGUACAAUAAAUGAACUUUGUAGUCGUG